UAAAUCGGGAGUGAUUUCCCCCUGGAAAUGUUUUUAAUUUUGCAGUAUCUGGCUCUUUGUCACUGAUUUAGCAGUAUUCAUAAAUAAACGAACAAGAUGGCAACUGAAAUGGAAAUUGACGAUUCCCUUUACAGUCGUCAGAGAUAUGUUCUUGGGGACCAUGCCAUGAAGAAGAUGGCUUCUUCAUCAGUCCUAGUUUAUGGAAUGGGUGGAGUAGGAAUAGAAAUUGCUAAGAAUAUUGUCCUAGCGGGAGUAAAGGCUCUGACUGUUCAGGAUGGAAAUGUCAGUACUAUACAGGAUUUGGGGACACAGUUUUUCUUAAGGGAGGAUGAUGUUAAGCAACAAAGAAAUAGGGCAGAAGCCAGUGUGAACAGACUUAGUGAACUAAAUCCUUAUGUCAGCAUGAAUAUUUUAACAUACAGUAUUGAAGAUUCUACAGAUUUAGAUUACCUUAAACAAUACCAGUGUAUCAUAUUAACAGAAUUACCACUCAGUUUACAACUGAAGAUAAACAAAUUUUGUAGAGAACAAUCUCCACAAAUAACAUUUAUAAGUUGUGAUGUAUAUGGUGUAUUUUGUUCAGCAUUCUGUGAUUUUGGUGAUAGUUUUGAGGUAACAGAUAUUAAUGGAGAAGAACCAAGAGACAUAUUUAUAGAGAGUAUAUCUAAGGAUAAUCCUGCUUUAGUUACAAUUUUACAAGUACGAGAGAAAACACAUGGUCUAGAAGAUGGUGAUGUUGUAACAUUUAGGGAAGUUAAUGGAAUGACAGAAAUUAAUGAGAAACAAUUUAAAAUAUCAGUAAAAUCUCCAGAAUCGUUUACAAUAAACUGUGAUACAAGUAGUGAUGAGUUUUCACCAUAUACACAUGGAGGCAGAGCCAUUCAGAUCAAAGGUCAAGUCACAUUAAAAUAUGAAAGUCUUGAAAAACAGUUAUAUGAUCCCAAAAUCUUAAUCUGUGAUCUUAGUAAAUUUGAGGCCCCCAGUUCUAUACACUUGGGAUUUAUGGCACUUCAUAAAUUUAGGAAAGAAAACAACAGAUUACCAAAUGUUUGGUGUAAAGCAGAUGCAGAAGUUGUCUUAUCAUUAGCUAAACAGUUAAAUGAACAAAUGGUAACAAAAGUGGCCUCCCUUGAUGAAGAUCUGAUACGUAUGAUUUCAUACACAUGUUGUGGAUGUUUUGCCCCUCUCUGUGCCGCUAUUGGUGGAUUUGUUGCUCAGGAGGGACUUAAAGCACUAACUGGAAAAUUUACACCUCUUAAUCAAAUGAUAUAUUUAGACUCUAUAGAUGUUAUAACUAAAGAAGAUAGAUUGAAUCCUUCAUUAUUUCAAUCAAAAAAUGACAGAUAUGAUUUAUUAAGAAUAUGUAUUGGUGAGAAUGGCUGUAAGAAACUGUCUCAAGUUAAAUUAUUUAUGGUUGGAUGUGGUGCUAUAGGAUGUGAAAUGUUAAAGAAUUAUGCAUUAUUAGGUGUGGGUUGUGAUGGAAAGAUAACCAUAACAGACAAUGAUCUGAUUGAGAAGUCCAAUCUGAACAGACAAUUCCUCUUCAGACCCCAUCACAUACGACAACCCAAAAGUACAACAGCAGCACAGUCAGUACUAGAAAUAAAUCCAGAUUUGAAAAUAGAACCUCAGCAGUACAAAGUGUGUCCACAGACAGAAGAAUCCAACUACCCUGAUACUUUCUUUGAAUAUCAAGAUCUUAUAGUAAAUGCAUUAGAUAAUGUAGAGGCCAGGAGAUAUGUAGAUAGUCGAUGUGUAACCAAUCAGAGACCAUUAUUAGAGUCAGGUACCAUGGGAACUAAAGGUCAUGUCCAGGUUAUAGUACCACAUAUCACAGAAUCAUAUGGCAGUCAGAGGGAUCCAGUAGAUGAAGAUGUACCUUAUUGUACACUGAAGUCUUUCCCAGCAACUAUAGAGCAUUGUAUACAGUGGGCUAGAGAUAAGUUUGAGAGUUCGUUUGUACAGAAACCAAGUAUGUUUAACAAAUUCUGGUCCAAAAAUAAAGAUGCACAAGCUGUGAUAGAGAAAUUAUUAGAUGGAUCAAGUAUAGAUGGUGGAGUACAAGUCAGUAAAAUAUUACACAACAGAUCUGCAACUUGGUCAGAUUGUAUCAAGCUAGGGAGGCUUAAGUUUGAAAAAUAUUUUAAUCAUCGGGCAAAGCAAUUACUUCAUCAUUUUCCAUUAGACACUAAACAGAGUGAUGGAUCACUGUUUUGGCAGUCCCCAAAGAGACCACCUGUACCUCAGGAAUUUGAUGUAGCCAAUGAAAAUCAUAUGUCAUUUGUGAUCAGUACAGCCAGACUGUAUGGCCAUGCUGCAAACAUUGCUCAGUCAUCACAGGAUACAACAACAGAAACGGUUGUAAAGAUACUACAUUCAGUAGUAGUUCCUUCAUUUCGUCCAUCUUCGAAGCGAAUAGUAACAGAUGAAUCAGCAUCAAAACCAUUGGAUGAAGGACCAGCAGAUGGGGAUGAGUACCAAGAUGCAGCCAAUAGAAUACAACGUGUCAUCAACCAAUCAAAAAGUCCUAAUGAAGUAACAUCAGUGAUGAAAGUAGCUGACUUUGAGAAAGAUGAUGAUACAAAUGGACACAUAGACUUCAUCACUGCAGCAGCUAAUUUACGAGCCAGUAUGUAUGGUAUAGAAUGUUCAGAUAGAUUGAAAGUAAAGAGAAUAGCUGGUAGGAUUGUUCCUGCAAUAGCUACUACCACUGCUGCUGUAGCUGGUCUGGUGUCUGUGGAGUUACUGAAAGUCCUUGAUAUGAAACAACCUAUAGAGGUUUACAAAAACUGCUUUCUGAACCUAGCAUUACCAGUUUUACUGUUAUCUGAACCAGGACCAGUAGAAAAGACAGUUCUAAAAGAGGGUCUAACAGUAACAAUGUGGGACAAAUGGGAAGUAAAAGGCAACAAGACAUUUGUAUUACAACAGUUCUUACAACACUUUAAGGAUGUAUAUGGAUUUGAAGCAACAAUGGUUGGGCAUGGUGUAAAAAUGGUGUAUGUUCCAUUUAUGCCAGGACAUUCUAAACGAUUAAAUCAGACCAUGGAGAAGUUACUGAAGCCUCACACUGGUCAGAAGUAUGCAGAUCUUGUUGUAUGUCUACAGGGUGAUAACGAAGAAGAUAUAGAAGGUCCACCCAUUAGAUAUUACUUUGGACUGUGAUAUAGUUACCAAUGUUCUUUCAUUGUGACAAUGUGGUACUUUUAUUGUAUGAGUAUUUCUGUCUGUUUGUGAACAGGCUUUUAUUGCCUUAUCGUAUGAAUGUUUUUAUCUACACUUACAGACAUGUGAAAUGUAUAAUACUUUUUGCUGUUUUUUAAGAAUAAUGGAUGGAUGCAAAGUUUGUAGUUCAUAAAUAAUUCAUUGUUAUACGAGUGUAUGUAUGCUUGGUAUUUAUGACAGAGUAAAUGUUCUUUUAAAUACAAUGAAUGUCUUGAGAAAAAUUGCAGGUUUAUUUAUUAGAUAAGCAAUGAAUGUUUAAGUCUUGAAAUUUCAAUCAUUGAACACCAAAAGUACGAAGUAAAUUAAAUUUGCAGCAUACAAAAUCAAUUAAAAUUGAUUAAGGAUGCAGCAAAUUGAUUCUUUGAUUUAUAAACAUCCAGGAAGUUAAAUAGGAAGAAAUUUCCCCAAAUAUUUUACCUUAAUUAUGCAAUAGCUAGAUUCAUGUCAAAGAAAUUUGCAUCCAUAAAAGAUUUGUCAAAGCUCUCACAAAUCUUCCUGUAACAAAACUUCAGAAAAAAAAUAAUUCAAAAUGAAAUAAUAGUCUAUGAUUUCUGAUCAAUGUUUUUAGUUUUACAAUUAAUUUUGAACAAUUUAUUUAUUCAAAAUAUGUUGUGACUUGCCUGUUAUAAUCAAUUAUUUAAUAAUUUUGAAGAUUUUCAUACCUUUGUCCUUAAAUACAAGUUGUUGAGAGGUUUCCAUGUGUAUUACAGAUUUCCUCAUCUAUUUAAAUAACUGUUAUGUGUUCGAAAUAAUUUGUAUAGAAAUUAUAUAGCUCCACUCAAGAAAUUACACAGAAGUAAAAAAAAAACUGCCAAAAUAAAAACUGAAGAAGUUCUAUGAUAGCAUUCUAUAACUUCCUACACCAAUAAAGUACCUCACUUUAAAACUUUUCUGAAACUAAGGAGAAUUUCAAAUGGACACUUGUUAUAAGUUGGAUAAAUUGUUAGUAACAAACAGUUUUGCAGACAGGGUUAGGACUUUUUUUUAAUGUGUAAAAAAACAUCUGUAACUGAACAAGUAUUAGUUAUCAAUCAUUUAUGUAUAUGUAUAUAUCUACACAGUAAGUUUUUAUGAACCCAUGUGUCAGAUAUUUAUUUACUGGCAGAUUUACAUUACAUUUAUCAGUAUAAUCUUCACAGGACUGCUAAAAGAGGUAAGGCCAAUUUCCCUUGUAUUUGUAUUACUUAGAAAAACCACAGCUAUGAAAUCUAGUGGAAAUUGAAAAUUUUCAUAAAAGUAUGAAUUUUAUACUUUCCAAGAAUGGUAAAUAAUUACAUUUCUAUUUUGAUAAAUUAUAUAAAAAUCUUUAAAAAUAUCUACAGGUUAAGCAAACAACAAUGAAUCAUAUAUGCCUGUUGAAGACCAUUUUCAUACAUAAGAGCAAAUUUUGCAUGGAUGGACAUUCUUAACCAAAAUGAACUGGUUUGUUUAUGAGAUUCAAUACACAGCUUUAAUUUUGGUUUUGAUUAAGAGGGUCCAUUAUUUUGAAUAAAUACUCAAAAUUUGCCAUUAUUUAUCACCUGGAACUAAUACCGUAUAUCGGGGUUUUUUUGCGUGUGUUUAAUUUUCGCUUUGUUCGCUGCUGUUUAAGAAAUGUGAACAUUUGACCACGCAAAAAUUUCCUUGCAAAUUCCAAGGUUUAUUGUUGUUUGAAAGUUUCAUACAUUAUCAUUAUACUGUUAAUUCUCGAAUCAUUUGUGUUGUUCGAUAGAUCACAAGAAUGGGCAUACUUAAUUAAGAUCUCUGUUUUCAUAAUAAUUUAAAAAUUGGCUAAUCAAUUGUCGCACCUUUUGACAUCACAGCAAUCAGUGACAUGUUAAAAAUUGAUAAUAAGCUAUGAUCUAUUGAUUGGGGGUCAUAACCCGAAGAUUUGGUAUAAAAUAAAAUUAAUUCACAAUUACACGGAUAUUUGUAGAUCUGUGAUAAUCAAAUCCUUUAAUUUUUAGCAUGCCCCAUAUACAUAAUUUACAUUCCUUGAAAGUUCUCUGAAUGAUGUGUAUUUUCGUUUGUAUUUAUUUGGAAUCCAUUACCUGUUAGUUAAUCAAGUUUUUUUACUAUAUCAUAGUUAUUUUUGCGCGUGUAUUUUCCCAUUCAGCGAAAAUUAUACACAGUGAAAAUUUAACCUGCCCAUUUUGUCAUUAAAAAAAGCGGACGCGAACAAAACCCAAUAUACGGUACAAGAAAUUAUCUAUUGGUCCCAGGUUUGACAAGGUCUAGGAGUUUAUUUCAUUAGCAUGAGCUCAUGUGAAUGAUAAUAAAUCGCAGUACAUGUUUAUCAUCUUUUGAUAAAGAAUUCAAUUCUUAAUGUAGAUUUUUGGCAUUAACUGAUUGAAUAAGAAUAAAGAAUAAAAUGCAGACACAGUUUGUUAGUGUAAUAAACAUUGGUAGAUCCUCAUUUUUAUACGACCGCAAAAAUUUUUUGGGAUCGUAUAAUGGUAUGAUGUUGUCAUCGUUUGCGUCGUCGUCCGAAGACACAUUGGUUUCCGGACAAUAACUUUAGUUUAAGUGCAUGGAUCUCUAUGACAUUUUUUAAGAAGGUUCAAUACCACAAAAGGAAGGUUGUGAUUGAUUUUGGGGAUGAUGGUCCCAACUGUUUAGGAAUUAGGGGCCCAAAACAAGCAUUUUUCUAGUUUCAGGAUAAUAACUUGUGUAUAAGUAUUUCUAUUGCUCUGAAAUUGUACCACAAUGUUUAAUACCACAAGUAGAAGGUUUGGAUUCAUUUUAGGGGUUAUGGAGCCAACAGUUUAGGAAUUAAGAGCCAAAAAGGGGUCAAAAACAAGCAUUUUUCUAGUUUCCAGACAAUAACUAGUGUGUAAGUGUAUGGAUAUCUUUGACAUUGUACCACAAGGUUUCAUAUAACAAAGGGAAGGCUGGGAUUGAGUUUGGGGUUAAUUGCCCCAAUUAUGUAGGAAUUAGGGGCCAAAAAAGGGCCAAAAACAAGCAUUUUUCUAGUUUCCAGACAAUAACUUGUGUGUAAGUGUAUGGAUCACUCUGAAAUUGUACUACAAGGUUCCAUACUACAAAGGAAAGGCUGGGAUUGAGUUUUGGGGUAAUUGCUCCAAGGGGGGGUUUCAAAAAGUUGGGGGAGGGGGGAAUUUUUUUCCAAAUUUUUUUAAGGGAUUCAUAUUUUUUUUUCAAAAUUUUUUAAAUUUUGAAUUUUUUAAAAGUUUCAAGAAGAAAUCUUCAAUUUCACAGUAUUGGGCAAUGGAUUUAUAAGAUCUUUGACCAUAUUUAUUUUGUGUCAGAAACCUAUAUUAUGUCAAAAAUUUGAUCACAAUCCAAAUUCAGACAGUAUCAAGCUUGAAUAUUGUGUCCAAAUUUGCCCCAACUGUUCAGGGUUUGACCUCUGCGGUCGUAUCAGGCUGUGCUCAGCAAUGCAUUUUAUUAAAAAUUGGGUGAUCAAAAUUUCAGUUGGGAAUGUUACUGUCUUUAUGUUUAGAUUGUAAUACAAAACCAAUUAACAAAAAAAACCAAACAUUCAGAUUAUGAAACUGGCUGUUUGUUUGACACUGACUUUGGUGCACAUUGGAGUUUGUUCAAUAUUGAUUAAAGAUCAUUAGUACAUAUGCAAUAUAAAUGUUGAUGUGAUAAAAAACCUAUAUAAUACUUUCGAAGAAAGAACAAAUAUUUAACAAAAGGAAACUGGUGGCAGGACAUCCAAGUAGUUAGUAAUUUUUGGGAUUUGUGUUCCCGAGUUUAAAUGUUAAUGAGAAUUCAACUACACUUGAAACAUGUAUGCCAGAUCUCAAGAAGGGACGUUUUUGUUUUCAUAUUUUCAUAUUUUUAAAGAUUUCUCAUUUCUUUGAUUGUAUAAUAUUAUGGUCUUAAGCAUCACUGUAGAGACAUUAAUUGUUGAAAUUUGCAUAUGUUGCACUAAAGUUGGUACUGUUAAUAUUUUAACUGGAUUUUAGAACACAAUCUAUCUACUAAGCUUCAUGAACAUAAUUAAUUGUAUUACUGUAGUGAUUUGUUAUGCCUUUACAUGUGAGUGCGCUGGUUUUUAAAUCCUGUUCGCAGGUUGUUAUAACAGUCAUUUCAACCUUAUUAGUCAGGAUAAGUGGAAACAAUGGAAAAGAUAAGCUAAUGCUUUAUUGGGCAUUUUUAUGCCCCUGCCGUAGCAGUUGGGGCAUUGAAUUUUACCAUUGUCCGUCCUUUAUGUAUGUCCCGAAAUUGGUUUCUGUUCUCUAACUUUAGUUUGCCUCAACCAAAUGUUAUGAAACUUAUACACAAUGCUUAUUACCACAAAACACAGAUCUAGAUUGAAUUUUGGUGGCAUCACUUAUACUGUUUUAUAGUUAUGCCCCUUUACAAAUGGAAAAAUUGGUGAAUUUUACGUUUCCGUUCUCUAACUGAAGUUUGCCUCAACCAAAUGUUAUGAAACUUAUACCCAAUGCUAGUUACCACAAAACACAGAUCAAGUUUGAAUUUUGGUGGUGUCAUUUUUACCAUUCUAGAGUAAUACCCCUUUACAAAUGGAAAAAUUGCUGAAUUUUUCAUUUCUGUUCUCGAACUUAAGUUUGCCUGUACCAAAUGUUAUGAAACAUAUAAUCUUUGCUUAUCACCACAAAACACAAAUCAAGUUUGAAUUUUGUUGGCAUCACUUUAACCGUUCUAGAGUUAUGCUCCUUUACAAAUGGAAAAAUUGCGGAAUUUUUCGUUUCUGUUCUCUAACUUAAGUUUGCCUGUACCAAAUGUUAUGAAACCUAUGAACAAAGCUUAUCACCACAAAACACAAAUCAAGUUUGAAUUUUGAUGGCGUCACUUUAACCGUUCUAGAGUUAUGCCCCUUUACAAAUGGAAAAUUUGCUGAAUUUUUCGUUUCCGUUCUCUAACUUAUGUUUGCCUGUACUAAAUGUUAUUACACUUAUUCACAAUGCUUAUUUCCACAAAACUCAAUUCAAGCACGAAUUUGGGUAGCGUGACUUAAACCGUUCUUGAGUUAUGUUCCUUUAUAACGUUUUAUGCAAGCGGGGGCAUCAUCUAUGUCCCAUGGACACAUUCCCCAUUGAUUGUCUUUGAUUUAUUCAUGUAUUUUAUAUAAUUUUUAUUAAAGUUUAUUCUUAAAUGAAGCAUAAAAAUUAAGCAAAUACUAAUAUUUCAUGCCACUGCAGUCUGUUUAAUAUAGUUUUGAAUUCAUUGCAUCUCCAGAAACAAAAAAAAACAUGAAUGCUAGCCUGCCUGCCUGUUGUGAAGGAUUUUAGGUAUUUCUUCAUCUUUUUAUGCCCCCCGCUGUAAGGGAGGGGACAUUAAGUUUUACCGUUGUCCUUCCGUACGUCAAUCCAUACGUCCCAAAGUUGGUUUCCGUUCUCUUACUUUAGUUUGCCUCAACCAAAUGUUAUGAAACUUAUACACAAUACUUAAUACCACAUAACACAGAUCAAGUUUGAAUUUUGGUGGCAUCACUUUAACUGUUCUAGGGUUAUGCCCCUUUACAAAUGGAAAAAUUGCUGAAAUUUACGUUUCCCUUUUCUAACAAGUUUGCCUCAACCAAAUGUUAUAAAACUUAUACACAUUACUUAUUACCACAAAACUCGGAUUGAGUACAAAUUUGGGUAGUGUCACUUUUAUCGUUCUUCAGUUAUGUUCCUUUAUAACUUGAUAUGAUAUGCAAGCGGGGGCAUCAUCUGUGUCCCAUGGACACAUUCCCCGUUUAUUUUUUGAAUAGAAUAAAGUUUUUAGUAUUUGAUUCAGUUUACCUUGGAAAAACAUCACACUCCAUUAUUAACUUUACAAACCUUAUUAUAGUACCCCAUAAUAAAAGAAUUAGCUUAUUGAUACACUCACUCACCAAGGUUGAAAGGACCUAUUGUUAAGUUUGUGAGUGUUGUAACCAUCAUUACUCAUGAUUCCAAUAAAAUGCACUAAAACUAUGCCAGAUUAAAAAGAUCAUUAACCUAACAGGACUUUUUCACCUGAGCUGCGUCAGAUAGAAAUCGACCAUAUGCAAGUGCACAUAUACAUGUACAUAUAUAAGACUGAUUGAUUUUGGAACUUUCAAAUACGAAAUAAAAGAUAAAUUUUGGUCUGUUUUGUAGGAUUCUUAUAUCAACUUAAUGUUCAAACAGUAGCAGAUAGAGAGUUGUCUCAUUGGCACGCAUACCACAUCUUCUUAUAUCUAUUUGCAAAGACAUUUUUUUCAACCUGAAAUAGGUUAACAGAUGAAGUGAUAUUCAUUUGCAUAAGUUCGAUUUCUAUCUGAUGCAGCUCACCUGUAAAUAAACUUGUUUGGUUACAAUGAGUCUCACCAAUGAAAUAAGACUUACUGUUCAUUUAUUCUUAUUCUUUGGCUAACAAUUUUCUUUGGUAUAUAUAAACCACAAAUUUAAAUGUUCAACAAAGUAUGAUAUGCUUGUAUGCAGACUUUAGCAAAAUACCAAAUCAAAUAUCCACGACAACAUACUUUUACUUCCAUCCGCAAAAUAGUAUCCACAAAAAUAACUGAAUCCACAGUUAACAUACAGAAUACAAAUUAUAUUUAUUUCAUUUUAGCCUGGAAUCAAUUUGCAUUUUGGAAAUCACUUAACAUAAAUGUAAAUGAAUCUUUUUUGUACUAGAAAUAUAGAAUGUCAGCUGCAUAAUAAAUUCACUGGUUAUUAUUAUUUAUAAGUGCUUAUCAUAUUUUAAGAUGAUCUAAAGAAUAGAAAACAAACUUGAAAUAAACACAAAAUAUAUGUC